AUGGUGUGUUACGUCGCAGCUUCAAGACGCAGCUCCACGUCGCAGCGUCACGUCGCAGCUCCACGUCGCAGCUCCACGUCGCAGCUCCACGUCGCAGCUCCACGUCGCAGCUCCACGUCGCAGCUUCAAGACGCAGCUCCACGUCGCAGCUCCACGUCGCAGCGUCACGUCGCAGCGUCACGUCGCAGCGUCACGACGCAGCUCCACGUCGCAGCUCCACGUCGCAGCUCCACGUCGCAGCUCCACGUCGCAGCUCCACGUCGCAGCUCCACGUCGCAGCUCCACGUCGCAGCUCCACGUCGCAGCUCCACGUCGCAGCUUCAAGACGCAGCUCCACGUCGCAGCUCCACGUCGCAGCGUCACGUCGCAGCGUCACGUCGCAGCGUCACGACGCAGCUCCACGUCGCAGCUCCACGUCGCAGCUCCACGUCGCAGCUCCACGUCGCAGCUCCACGUCGCAGCUCCACGUCGCAGCUUCAAGACGCAGCUCCACGUCGCAGCUUCAAGACGCAGCUCCACGUCGCAGCGCCACGUCGCAGCGUCACGUCGCAGCUCCGCGUCGCAGCUCCGCGUCGCAGCUCCGCGUCGCAGCGUCAAUCCGACCCCGAGUCCGACCCCGAGUCCGACUCCGACUCCGACCCCGAGUCCGACCCCGAGUCCGACCCCGAGUCCGACUCCGAGUCCGACCCCGAGUCCGACCCCGAGUCCGACCCCGAGUCCGACCCCGAGUCCGACUCCGAGUCCGACCCCGAGUCCGACCCCGAGUCCGACCCCGAGUCCGACCCCCAGUCCGACCCCGAGUCCGACCCCGAGUCCGACUCCGAGUCCGAGUCCGACCCCCAGUCCGACCCCGAGUCCGACCCCGAGUCCGACUCCGACUCCGACUCCGACUCCGACCCCGAGUCCGACUCCGAGUCCGACUCCGAGUCCGACCCCGACUCCGACUCCGACCCCGAGUCCGACCCCGAGUCCGACCCCGAGUCCGACCCCGAGUCCGACCCCGAGUCCGACUCCGAGUCCGACCCCGAGUCCGACUCCGACUCCGACCCCGAGUCCGACUCCGAGUCCGACUCCGAGUCCGACCCCGACUCCGACUCCGACCCCGAGUCCGACCCCGAGUCCGACCCCGAGUCCGACCCCGAGUCCGACUCCGAGUCCGACCCCGAGUCCGACCCCGAGUCCGACCCCGAGUCCGACCCCCAGUCCGACCCCCAGUCCGACCCCGAGUCCGACUCCGAGUCCGAGUCCGACCCCCAGUCCGACCCCGAGUCCGACCCCGAGUCCGACUCCGACUCCGACUCCGACUCCGACUCCGACCCCGAGUCCGACUCCGAGUCCGACUCCGAGUCCGACCCCGACUCCGACUCCGACCCCGAGUCCGAGUCCGACCCCGACCCCGACCCCGAGUCCGACUCCGAGUCCGACUCCGAGUCCGACCCCGACUCCGACUCCGACCCCGAGUCCGACUCCGACUCCGACUCCGACUCCGACUCCGACUCCGACUCCGACUCCGACCCCGAGUCCGACUCCGACUCCGACCCCGACUCCGACUCCGACUCCGACCCCGACCCCGACCCCGACCCCGACCCCGACUCCGAGUCCGACUCCGAGUCCGACUCCGACUCCGACCCACUCGAGUGCAUCUGCAGCGGGUCACAGCCAGCAGCCGCUGAUCCUCAGUGUGGCCUUUCCGCCGUGCCAGCUGCCUUGGCCUCCUUCAGCCAAAUGGAAUGUUAA